UUCAUUCGUUCGGACCAUUCUCCUUCAGCAACAAUUAUCUUUUUGCAAACGUACAGUCGUACAGAAAUGGAAGACGAUUUCAGGCGGCUAAAUCGGCUAACCCACUCGCUGGAGCCAAUCUCCGACCUCCAUAAGAAGUGCACCGCCAUGGCGACCGCAGCAACUACCACCACCACCACCAACAAGAGGUCCUUGAGAGAUCAACCCGGUGGCACAAUGAGAUAUCGUGGAGUUCGCCGGAGGCCAUGGGGCCGUUAUGCAGCCGAGAUCAGAGACCCGCAGUCCAAGGAGCGCCGCUGGCUCGGUACGUUCGACACCGCUGAAGAUGCCGCCUGCGCCUACGACCUCGCCGCUCGAGCCAUGCGCGGACUCAAGGCUAGGACCAACUUCGUUUACCCGGCUCCGCCGCCUCCCUCUGCAACCGAUACGUUCCUCCCUCCAUUUAACUUCCCCAGACAAUCUCGGCGGCCUGCUAAGAUCCCAGCAAACCGUCAUCAGUUUGGUGCCGCUUCAGGUUGGUCAGCUUUCUCUAACCAUCGUGAUGGUGAUCACUUUCCUGGGUCUGCAGCACAGAAAAAUAGCUCUCUGAACAUGUUGCUCCUUCGUGAUUUGCUUAGUUCUUCCUCGAACCCAUCCUUGGUCUCACCCACUCAGCCUCAGGGUCUUGAUCAUGAACAGCUUCCGUGCAUCAAUGUCUCUUCUUCUUCUGCUAGUGCCUUCUCCGACUGUUCUUUGUUGAAUCAGUCUAGUAAUUUAAAUAUCUCUCAAACUUUCGUAAGUUCUUCCAUGAGUCUUCCACCCAUUGACAACAACCUGAUCAGUUAUAACUGUAGUACUGGGGUUUCCAAUAGAACAACCGCUCAACAAAUUCAUGACUUUGAGUUCAUUCCCAAAGAGUCGUCAGACUCAGGCCUAUUGGAAGAGAUUAUUCAUGGGUUUUUCCCAAAACCAUCAACCAAGAAGUGUGAGUCUCCAAAAACCCAGACUUGCACCUUUGAUUCUGGUCCGCCGCAGAUUUCUGACAUGUCUAUUCCUCAAUCAUUGGAUGAGAUGAAGAGGGGGGAAAAGAAUGAGCAUCUUGGCUUCUCUUUUGACUACCAAGAAGUUCCACAUCAGCUCGAUAAUCUACGCGGGGUCAGAAGGGAUCUUUUUGGCAUGACUCAAGCGGCGGCGGUGCCUUUCAGUUACGAGAUACCGGCGGUGAAUCUUCACCAGGUUGGGGGGCCGGAAUCUAUGUUAAUGGAUGACCUCUUCCAGUACCAGGAACCGUUGAGUGCAUUUGCAGCUAGGGUGCACAAUGCUUGAGCUUUUGAGAAAACUAUCUCUGUUCAAGUAGUUUACGGCCAGCUUUUGAAGAAAUCUAACUCGAAGCUGCAUGAUCCUAGUGUUUUUGAAAGAUAUAUAUGUCUGAUAUCAUGUUAUAUAUGGUACUUAUGUACU